CAAUGAGAGUUAUAGGAGGGUUAUCUUUGUUCACAUGAGCAUAGAUAAACCAACUAGGGAAUGCCAAUGGAGGGAGCUUGAAAAUAGAAAGAGUGGUUGGGGAGACAGAUGGUGUGCAAUUGGAGACUGGAAUGAUGUGGCUAAAGUGGAGGAUAAAAAGGGUGGAAGGCAGAGGUCUCAAGCUAGUCUGAUGGGGUUUCAGAGUUUCAUAGCAAAUUUGGGAAUGACUGAAGUCCAUAGGAAGGGAUAUACUUUUACAUGGGGCAAUAACAGGGUGGCUGAAGGAUUUGUGGAGGAGGCUCUGGAUGUAGGUUAUGCUUCUCUGGUAUGGCUGCAGGACUAUCCACUUACUCAAACCACAACCAUGUUCAAAAGCUCUUCUGACCAUCAUAUGUUACUUCUUGAAGAUGAACCCCCAAAUCAGCAAGCAAAGAGGAGAUUCCAGUUUGAUAAGAGGUGGCUAUCUAGAGAAGGGGUGAAAGAUGUUAUUCAAGCUACUUGGGAAGGUCAGAUAGGUGGGACACCAAUGUUUAGCCUGAAAGAGAAAGUUAAGAAGACUAGAGUGGCAUUGCUUAAUUGGAGCAAAUAUUUCAGAGCUAAUGAGAAGCAGCAUAGAGAGAACCUCACUUUACAGCUAAAGGAGAUGAGAGAAGCUGAAGGCCAGAGGAACUGGGAGGAGUGGGAUAGGUUGCAAAAGGAGAUGGAUGAGGCUAAUAAAUCAGAGGAAUUGUUUUGGCAGCAGAAGGCCAGAGUGGAAUGGUUGAGAGAAGGGGAGCAAAACACCCAUUUUUAUCAUGCUUGGGUCACCCAAAGGAGAAGAACUAAUUCUAUAAGCAGGUUGAUCACUGAACAACAGAGGAUUUGUGAGAGCAAGGAGGAGAUUGAGAAGCAUGUGGAAUGUUAUUAUGCCAACCUCUUUACUUCUGAAGCUGACAAAUAUCAGGCGCAAGUGCUAUUGUCUAUUCUCUCUAGAUAUCAUAAUUUCUCGGGGCAAAAGGUUAAUACAACUAAAUCCUCCAUCUUUUUUAGUAAGAACACUAAUGCUGCAACUCAGAGGGAAGCUUGUGCUAUUUUUCCUAGGAUACAAGUUCAGAAAUCCUCUAGGUAUCUCGGCAUGCCUCUGGGGAUAGGUAAAUUGAAGAAAGAGGUCUUUAGCUUUGUGACAGAGGCAGUAAGGAAGAGGGUAAUCAGCUGGAAGAACAAAUUUCUGUUUGCAGCAGGGAAGGAAGUUCUCAUUAAGUCUGUGCUCAAUGCUCUCCCACUGUUU